ACUCACGAUGCUGAAACAGAGAACUACAGAUUACAAUCUCAUCACGAUCAUAACCUAUACUCUCUAGAUGAUCUCAUAUCGAUCACCUUCUCCAAGCUCAUCUCGCUUGAACAACAACAAUCACAAUUCAGCAUAAUGAACCCUUCACUUCAUUCCCAGUCUCUCUUUUACUCUUUUCUUACGCCAAGUAAACCUCCACGCCAGCUUCAAUAUCUCGAUGAUGCUUAUCAAUCUCCUCGUCUCGAACAAGCGCUUCAAUGGCCGCUCUGUUGCAUUCCCGAAGAGAUUCUGAAUCCGUUGGUUCCAAUGGCUCUCAGGCUCUCCAGGAGAUUGAUGGAGAGGUUUAAGGGAAUCGCCGUGGGCCAACAAUUUUGCAGUGAGUUUUAGUUUGGCAUUCCAGCUUACAAGAGGGAGCCUGCAGAGAAGAUUGGUAGUCGCUUUUCUUGAUCUAUAGAUUCUAGAUUAUUUUCUAUAUAUUAACCAUUUUGUAAUUAUUAAUUGUGAAGUUUUUAUUAUCAGUAAUACAACAAUUAUAAAAAUCUGAAAUUAAUCAAAUUUGG